AUGUCAGCCAUAGCUAAACCAAAGGUCCUUAUUGUCGGAGCCGGUCUCGGGGGCAUGGCCUUAGGCAUCAUUCUCCACAAGGCCAAAAUCCCCUUUGAGAUCUACGAGCGUGCUGCCGUCGUCAAGCCUCUCGGAACGGCGUUGAGUUUCAAUGCGACGACUGCUGCGAUGUUCAAGCAGUGUGGAUUCUAUGACGAGUUCCUUGCAAUUGCCAAGCCCUGGACGGAGGUCCAAAUCGGAAACACUCAACGCACCAUUGACUACAAGAUUGAUUUUAGCGAGCAAGAAAAGCUGUUUGGAGCCACCGGGUUCAUUAUCUCUCGUCCUGACAUCUGUGAUCUCUUUAGUCGUCAAAUCCCCAAGGAACACAUGCACAUGGGCAAGAAGGUCGUUUUUUCCGAACAAACAGAAGAAGGCGUUCGCCUCAGCUUCGCCGACGGUACAGCCGCAGAGGGAGAUAUCCUGGUCGGAGCAGACGGAGCCUACAGCACGAUCCGUCAACAGAUGUACGAGCAACUCAAGAAGGAGGACCGCUUGCUCGCCUCCGACGGUGAACCUCUGCCUUUCAGUACCAUCUGUCUUGUUGGACAGACCAAGCCCUUGGAUCCCAAGGACUUUCCUAGCCUGGCUCUGCCGGAAAGUCAGGUCAUGACCAUCCUCGGAAAAGGCACUCCUUACGCCUGGUCAAUCUUCACCACCAAGAAAAACACCGUCGCCUGGGCCUUCGGAGAAGUCCUUGGACGAGAAUCGAGCAAGGAGGGCGAGAAGAACGAGGAAUGGGGUCCCGGUGCCGCUGAGGCCAUGUGCGAGCUUUGUCGCGACUUCCCUGUCAUUAGCGGAGGCGACAAGCUGGUGACAAUGGGAGACCUUAUUGACUGGACACCUAAGGAAUUGAUCACCAAGGCUAUGCUGGAAGAGAAGGUCUUUGAGACCUGGUACGAUGGACGCGUUGUCCUCCUUGGCGAUGCCUGUCACAAGAUCAGUCCUGCAGGAGGUGCAGGAGCAACAAACGCUAUCCAUGACGCCAUCGCAGUUGCCAACUGGAUCUAUGCCCUCCCUCCAUCACCCACAAAGAACGACAUUGAAAAGUACUUUGCCGAGUACAAGAAGGAGCGACUCCCUUUGGUCAAAGGGGCUUACGAGUCCAGCCGUAUGUUCAUGACUAUCAGUUCUAAGAGCUACUUGGAGUGGGUGGCAGCAUUCUGUUUCAAGAACAUGCCGGCAUGGAUGAACCGCAAGUUGCUGGCGGGUAUGCUGGCCUACCGUCCCAUGGUUGCCUUCUUGCCCGAUCCGGAGGAUAAAGGAACCGUGCCCCCUUCACCUCAGCAUAGUUUGGAGGCGAGAAGGAUUGUCAAGGAGAGGAUGGAGGCAGCGUCGCGGGCUUGA